UCAGCUAUGUGGGAUCCAGCCACCUUAGCUACCACAGCACCUAGCUGGCCGAGAUUUGUUUUGUGCCGUGUGUCUCUAGAGUGAUAUGGCCUGGUCAGCCUGCUGCUGGGUCAAGCACCAGCCUUCCCUUGUCUGGAUGAGCUGCUUGUUGGUGUUCCCUGUUGGGGAGGGAGAGUGUUCUGCUCAGGGCAGUGUCAUCACCCGUUUGGCCCACGUUUCAUCAAGACACAUGCUGUCCACAGGUGCAGCAGCUGGGGGUCUGCUGGAAGUACUGAUUCCACCACAUGUGGCUGUGACUGACUCUGGGAUGAUGGGCUAUUCCAUCAGGUUCUCAGGAAGGCAGGGGGCAGCUGACUUCAGACACCAUUUGCUUUUGACUCAAGAUGAUCUGAUGUCUUCUCAUAAAGCCCACGAACAUGAUGGCCACACAGACGUUAAGUAUAGACAGCUAUCAAGACGGGCAACAAAUGCAAGUAGUAACAGAGUUAAAAACUGAACAAGACCCGAGCUGUUCUCAACCUGAUGCAGAAGGAGUGAGCCCUCCUCCUGUGGAGUCCCAGACACCGAUGGACGCAGACAAGCAGGCCAUUUAUAGGCAUCCACUGUUUCCGUUGUUAGCUCUGCUGUUUGAAAAAUGUGAGCAGUCUACCCAGGGCUCUGAGGGCACAACAUCCGCCAGCUUCGAUGUGGAUAUAGAGAAUUUUGUGAGGAAGCAAGAGAAGGAAGGGAAGCCCUUCUUUUGUGAAGAUCCAGAAACUGACAACUUGAUGGUAAAAGCAAUCCAGGUUUUGCGUAUUCAUCUUCUGGAGCUGGAAAAGGUUAAUGAACUCUGCAAAGAUUUCUGCAGUCGAUAUAUUGCUUGUCUGAAAACGAAAAUGAACAGUGAGACCCUGCUGAGUGGAGAGCCUGGAAGCCCAUACUCCCCUGUGCAGUCCCAGUCCCUUCCACAUGUGUGUUCUGACUUCCAGCAGAUUCAGGGUGCCAUCACAGGCACCCUAAGCCCUCAAGGAAUUGUGGUACCUGCCUCCGCACUGCAACAGGGAAACGUAACCAUGGCAACUGUGGCAGGUGGCACAGUGUAUCAACCUGUCACAGUUGUCACUCCACAAGGCCAGGUGGUCACACAGGCACUGUCACCCGGGACAAUCCGGAUCCAGAACUCCCAGCUUCAGUUACAGUUAAACCAAGAUCUAAGCAUCUUGCAUCAAGAUGAUGGCUCAUCUAAGAAUAAAAGGGGAGUUCUGCCGAAGCAUGCUACCAAUGUGAUGCGAUCUUGGCUCUUUCAGCACAUAGGGCAUCCCUACCCAACAGAGGAUGAGAAGAAACAGAUUGCUGCUCAGACAAACUUGACACUACUCCAAGUCAACAACUGGUUCAUCAAUGCCAGAAGACGGAUUCUUCAGCCAAUGUUGGAUUCCAGUUGUUCAGAGACUCCGAAAACAAAGAAAAAAACUGCUCAGAACAGGCCAGUUCAGAGGUUUUGGCCAGACUCUAUUGCAUCAGGUGUUGCACAGCCGCCACCAAGUGAGCUGGCCAUGUCAGAAGGAGCUGUUGUAACCAUCACCACACCUGUGAACAUGAAUGUGGACAGCCUCCAAUCCCUGUCCUCGGACGGGGCCACGUUGGCGGUGCAGCAGGUCAUGAUGGCGGGACAGAGCGAGGAUGAGUCUGUGGACAGCACAGAGGACGACGGGGGUGCGCUGGCCCCCACCCACAUCAGCGGGCUUGUCCUGGAGAGCAGUGGCUCCCUGCAGUAGGGACACAGUGGCCACCGCCUGACUUUUUAUAGUUUGCACAGCAAACAUUUUACACAG